AUGGAGCAACCUAAUCAACACUUGUCUUCGACACCAUCUCCAAUAGACACCCAAGCAGCUGGACCAUCCAAUGUAACUCAACCAGCAGGUGCUUCUAUUGGUGGAAGUCAACCCACUCAAGGUGCUGAGACUGAUAUUGCUAGGGCUGAUCCUGUUGUGCUUCCCCCACCCCCUGAAGUUGAAGGGGCUAAUCCUAAGAAAAAGCGUAAGCCAAAUGCUAGCGGUCCGCGUACAACAGCUUCUAUAUGGAAGCACUUUACCAGAUUACCUGAAAAUGAAGUUCAAGACCCCACUGCUGCUUGCAACUACUGUGGUAAGAGGUAUUUGUGUGAUAGCAAGACUCAUGGCACCACAAACUUGAACACCCACUUGAAAAUUUGCAUUAAGUACACCUAUGCAAUCAGUAAUGAUCCAAGCCAGACUGUCCUUAAUUUAGCUUCUGGGGACCUGGCAGCAACUAGCCUUAGAUUUAAUGUUGAAGCAUGUAGGAAGGCAGUUGCGAUGUUUGUUAUCUUAGAUGAACACGCUUUUAGAGCUGUUGAGGGAGAGGGAUUUAAAUUUCUAUGUAACCAAUUGCAACCUCAAUUCACAGUUCCGUCUAGAUUUACUGUUGCUAGGGACUGUUAUCUGAUUUACCUUGAUGAAAAAGUGAGGCUGAGAGCCUUUUUUAGGUCAAAUUGUAGUAGGGUGGCCCUUACAACUGAUUGUUGGACAUCAGUUCAGAACCUAAGUUACCUAGUCUUGACUGCUCAUUUCGUAGAUAAUGAUUGGAGGUAUCAAAAAAGAAUUAUCAGCUUUUCAACAGUACCUAAUCAUAAAGGUGAGACAAUAGGGAAGGUUGUUGAGGAAGUUUUGAGGGAGUGGGGGCUUAGAAAUCUGUCCACAAUCACCGUUGACAAUGCAUCUUCAAAUGAUGUUGCUGUAGCUCACUUGAAAAAAAGAUUUAAGAACAUGAAUGGUUUGGUCUUAGAUGGCCAAUUCUUCCACAUGAGAUGCUGUGCUCACAUUUUAAACCUGGUAGUGAAUGAUGGUUUAAAGGAUAUGAGUGGUUGUAUCACAAGCAUUCGUAAUGCGGUUAGGUUUGUUCGGUCAUCUACUCAAAGGCAUGACAAAUUCAUGGAAUGCAUUGAGUUUUCUAGGAUAUCUUCCAAGAAACUAGUUUGUCUUGAUGUUCCUACUCGAUGGAACUCGACUUACUUGAUGUUGGAUGCAGCUGAGAAGUUCCAAGUUGCAUUUGAAAAGCUGGAGUUUGAGGAUCCCAAUUACUUGGAAAGCUUUGGUGUUGCUGGUCCCCCUACUAGUGCAGAUUGGGAUAAGGCAAGAGCUUUUAUUAGAUUUCUGAAAUUUUUUUAUGAGGCCACACAAAUGUUUUCAUCAUCCUUGCAUGUUAGUGUGCAUACUACCUUUCACCAGCUUGCUGUAAUUUAUAGUGAGCUUGUGCAGUAUUGUCAUAGUUCAAAUCCUACUUUGAGUAGAAUGGGUAUGGAUAUGAAGCUCAAGUAUGAUAAGUAUUGGGGUAGCAUUGCUAACAUUAAUCAUCUCCUUUAUUUUGGGGUCAUCUUUGAUCCUCGAUAUAAGUUGAAGUAUGUAAGGUGGUGCUUUUCUAAAAUGUAUAAUGAGGACCCAAAUCUGAUAAAAGAGCUCAUAACUAGCAUUAAUGAGAAUCUGUCCAGAAUGUACGAUUGCUAUUCUGCUGCUCAUAAUGAAGAAAAUAGGCAAGAUCAAGGGCAAUCAUCUCAUGGACCAUUGGGUCCUUUGGAGGGGAGUACAUCUGGGUCAAAAUCUGCUGAAAUUCCAACUUUCUUAGAAAUGGCAAAUGCUUUUCAGCAGCAUCUUGAGCAAGAAAGUUCAUUUGAAAGUAAAAAUGAGCUUGAGAGAUACUUAGAUGAAGCUUGUGUUAAAGAUAAUGGCAAGUUUGAGCUGCUAGUAUGGUGGAGGCAGAAUUCAUCAAGAUUUCCAAUCUUGUCAAUUCUGGUCAAGGAUGUUUUGGCUACUCCAGUUUCAACAGUGGCUUCUGAGAGUGCAUUUAGCACUGGUGGUAGAGUCUUGGACACUUAUAGGAGCUCUCUAAACCCUGAAGUUGCAGAAGCACUGAUUUGUACUCAAAACUGGAUGAGACAAUCUUCCAAUCAGCCCAAAGAACUUGAUGUUGUUGAUGUAUUUGACCAAUCUGAAAAAGUUAUAACAGAAUUUCGAGGCUUGAUCAUUUCUGGAAGGGCUAGAAGAUGUGCUGCUGGUGCUGGAUCUUCUCAGUCACAGCCAAUCCAAAAUGUGGUGUUGAUCACCAUUGAAGGAAUAUUAAUUGGAGCUCUACUAUUGAAAAGUAUGUGUAUUUAUAAUUGUUGGCUAAUGGAGAGUGCUCCUAAAAGAUUCCCAGGGAAUACAAUUACUGGUUAUUCCCUUGAAGCUCCUAUGCUAGUAGUGUACAUGGAUGAGAUGUCACUUGAGGGCUGGAAGAGUUUGAUAGAGUGCCCCAAGAUUCAUGCAAGUUUGAUGGUGAAGAUUGAAGAAUGCAAUUUAAGCUAUGACUAUGGGUCUGUAACUUGA